AUGGACAUUGAUAUUAUCGUUCACGAAGACGACUUCGAAAGGGCCAAAACAAUAUUGAUUGAUAUCGGCUACAAAAAAGUCAUCGGCGAUGGUCUUUGUAUCCGUUUCCAACAUGAAGCAUUUCUGUCCAUUGAUCUUUUGUCUUCACCUGUUUUUGGUGAUCAUCUAACAGAAUCAAAUACUAUCGAAAGUGAUGCAGAUAUUAAGUUCUGCACUCUCCCAAGUAAUGAUUAA